AUGUUGGCAUCUUCACCCUCGCCUUCUACGGUCGCUUUGCGCUCCCCGCUUCCUGCAACCUCGGGGCCGCAUUCGCAUCCCCAUUAUGAGCCCAGCGCUCCACAGUUCAAUAGUCCUCGAUCCUCGCGUCUAGCCAUUCAGGAACUUCGUUCAGCCUUCAACCGACAUACCGUCGAUCCCUCCUCCCCUGAAACUUUAGAUCCUCAGCGCGGGCGCGCGUCUACAUCCACCGACACUCCCAAGACCCUAGCCAACAAUUCGGCCUUGGUUCCCGCAUCCCAAUCAACCGCUCCCCCUCCUGCUGUGACCACUACGGCGGCUACCACAGCUACAACCCCACCCCCAGCUCCUUCUUGCUCUUCCUCUGCUCCCUCGAUGCCCGCCCCUACCCCGAAUUCCAACAAGCGCAACAGCCACACCGACCAUCACCCAUCGGAUGCGUCGCCGGCGGACUACGAUGGCGAGGAUCUGGAGAGGUCGCAGUCCAAGCGCAUGCGGCCCUCUAAACCAGAUGUAAAGAUGUUGCCCACACAAUAUGAACUGGCCGAUCCUCGUGACAUGGUGGUGCUGAUUUCCAGCAUGUUGAUGGAAUUGAUCCGAUUUAACGACAAGAUCCCACUACACCAAGGUCGGCUCACUCGUUUCCACUCACGCUCUCCGCCCCGAAUUUCUGUGCAAGAUUACCUGCAGCGAUUGACGACGCACGCCACGCUUUCUCCCCCUAUUCUCCUCAGCAUGGUCUACUACAUCGACCGCCUCUGCGCAUUGUACCCCGCCUUCACCGUUUCCAGUUUGACUAUUCAUCGGUUCCUGAUUACUAGCGCCACGGUCGCCAGCAAGGGGCUCAGCGAUAGUUUCUGGACCAACAAGACGUAUGCUCGAGUGGGUGGCAUUGGCAUGCCGGAAUUAGCCAUGCUGGAACUAGAUUUCUUGUUCCGGGUUGAAUGGCGCAUUGUUCCACAGCCGGAAGUGCUGGUGGACUACUAUCAGAGCCUCGUUGAUCGGUGCGACGGGUUCGAAAUCGAAGGCGUCUGUCAGAACGGCAGUGCGAAAGCUGACGUAACUGGUAUUGCUCCAGCAGCUGGUCCUGCUCCAGCAUGA